AUGUCUCUCAAGGUCGCCGUCCUCGCCUGCGUGGCUGUCGUCGCUCUGUGCGACAAGGCCCCAGUCCAGGACCCCCAUCCCCCUGUCUACACCCCUAGACCUGCUUACCAUGCCCCUGCACCGUACCACGCCCCCGAACCCGCCUACCACGCCCACGCACACUACGAGCCCGAAUAUCCUGCUGUGCCCCCGAAGUACAACUACAACUACGGUGUCGCCGAUAGCUACUCCGGCGUCAACCUCGGGCACACGGAGUCCCGCGACGGGUUAAGUCCAGGGAUAACCAUGGCACUGUCAUGUCAUAGCACGGGGAAGAUUGGUCAAGCUGAGGACUCGGACACCAGACGUGGAGGCCACGAGAGAAAGGCCUACAGCGGAGCCAACGCACGAAUAUACGCACGUUGUCACAUAUAUAAGGAAAAAUGUCUACCAACAUUUACCAUUCACACUCCAACCAUGUCUCUCAAGGUCGUCGUCCUCGCUUGUGUGGCUGUCGUCGCUCUGUGCGACAAGGCCCCUGUCCACAACCCCCUUCCCCUCGUCUAUACACCUAGACCCACACCUUACCACGCCCCCGAACCCGCCUACCACGCCCCCGAACCCGCCUACCACGCCCCCGGACCCGCCUACCGCGCCCCCGAGCCUGCUUACCACGCCCCCGAGCCUGCUUACCACGCCCCCGAACUCGCCUAUCACGCCCCAGAGCCUGCUUACCACGCCCCCGAACCCGCCUACCACGCCCCCGAGCCUGCCUAUCACGCCCCAGAGCCUGCCUACCACGCCCCCGAACCCGCUUAUCAUGCCCACGCACACUACGAGCCCGAAUACCCUGAUGUGCCCCCGAAGUACAACUACAACUACGGCGUCGCCGAUGGCUACUCCGGUGCCAACUUCGCCGCCUCGGAGUCCCGCGACGGGUUAAGUCCAGGGAUAACCAUGGCACUGUCAUGUCAUAGCACGGGGAAGAUUGGUCAAGCUGAGGACUCGGACACCAGACGUGGAGGUUAG